UCCCAUGUCCAUCAUCCUCCUCAUCAACAUUGUCAUCUUUGUCCUGGUGGUUCGACAGUUGCUCCGGUCAGCCAACAUCGCUGGUCGGGUGAAAAGAGAGGCUAAGGUAGAACGUCGCGAGACUAUCGAACGCGUCCAGAACGCGAUCUGCAUCUUGCUCCUGCUCGGUCUGACCUGGGUUACCGGAUAUCUUCUUUUAAUCCCGUUAUUCAGUCAGGUGGCUCAGCCAAUCUUCGUCGUCCUGAACUCCUUCCAAGGAUUGUUCAUCUUUCUACUCUAUUGCGUCCGGAAGCCUUUCAUUCGUAAGAAAUGGGGGCUAACUUGUUUCGACAAGUUCCUAAAGAAAGAAGCAAGCACUUCCAGCGGUGUGGUAAGCUCGACGGGGCUAUCCUCGUCAUCUGGCGUGAUAAGCAAAUUGCGUCCAGGAGCCUCGGAUAAUUACUUGUUGCCUACCAAAGACGACAAACCCGACCCUAUGUGUAGGUUCAAUCCGACCUAUGAUGUUAGCCAGGUGGAGGAAGGAGUCACACCACCAAUGAGCAAAGAUAUCCAGAGUUUCACCGAGGAACAGAAGAAGGACACGGAUCGUGAUGCAACAAGCACCGAUGUCGUGACGGUCAGUCUCCCUCUUGAUGCAUCUGUCGCAAAUGUCACUGAGAGAGGUGAUGGUGUUCUCUCCACCACGGAUGCUGACACGGUCAGUGUUACUCUAGAUUCAACUAAUUCCAGCAAAGCUACUGACGGUAACGACUAUGGUACUUCUACCAACAAUGAUGCUGCCAUAUAAGGAUGCAGAGGGUAGCACCAAACACAGAGGCUUUUUAUUCAAUAAUAUCAAAGCAAGAAUAAGGUCUUAAGAGAACAUGAUGUUCCAAUGGAAUACUAGGCAGGGGAGGGGUGGACUGGACUGGGUGUCGACUGUGUCCCUUUCCCCUCUCCCGAUCAUAUUGCAAUUACCAAUAUACCGUCAUCACAUAUUCGGGCAACCAGGUGUGGUAAUUUGUUAUCAUCUUUAUUAUAUUUCAAUCAUGAAUUUAUGUAUUUUCAAUUAAUAUGUAUUUUAUCGAUGCUGUUAAUUAUGAUACCAUUGUUUUGUUUACCAUACUUUAUAGUGUAUGACCCAGAGAAGAGGUCAUUUUUUUUUAAACGUAUUUUUCAAUUAAUUGUUAUCAUUUUUUGUUAAGACAUGAUAUAUAAUGGGAAAGGAAAUUAGGCAAUGACAAUUGUCAUACAAAAACAAAUUUCCCCAUUGCUGUCCUCUUUUUGAAUUUCUUUGCAAAGGUUGAAUAAAAUUGUCUCCGCCGAGAAUCGAGCCGGGUCACUGGCUGUGAACGGCAAUGCCUUAACCACUAAACCACACAGAAAAGGAAGUUAGGCAAUGACAAUUGUGAAG